AUUUUCGCGGUAUUGAAACUACGGAAAUGUAAGACAGUGACGCUGGAAUGCACUUCGUAUCGAUUGAAAUAAAAGCGACGGGAUAUUUCGACAUGCCCGGUUGAGCAGAAAAUAACGCUUCUGAGUCGGUAGUUAGAUUUAGACCAGUUAGUUAGACCCAGGAAUUAGAUUUACUAAAAUUCUUGUUAGAGAUAGUCGAAAUGAAGCUUAACUUACCUUGUGGUAGCCAGCUAAGCUGUUUUAUUUAUGAGGAUCAUGUGACAAAACUCGUGAUUUGAAACUUAUUGCUAAUUGGGGAUAACCUUUGUGUCUGCUAUAAUAUAAGUCCGGUUUAUAACUCGUAUAGACAGUAUUGGCAAGUGUAGUUUCAAUUCCCAAGCUGUAAGUAUUUAUAUUUCCAAGUACGAAUAUAACUUCAGUCAAAGGGUGUGGAUUUUAUAGUUUGCUUGAAUAUUCAGGUGAUAGAAAUAAGCAUUUUCAGUUACAUCAUCGUUGAUUUUUUUGUACCUAUGAAAAUUAGCGAAAACAUAGUUACGAUUGACGCUGAAUUAUUUUACCCACAGUUCCGAACGCACAACUUACCGAGUCUCAAUAUAGCCUACUCAAUGUCGGUCGGAGUAAGUCUUUCGUUUCACUUUUGAUGAUCUAACACAAACUUUUUUUAGUUUGCACGCCUGGUAUUUUUUGUUCGUCCGUGCAAUAAGACGUUGAAUCUAAUUUAAGAUAAUCAAAUGGAUUGUAUAACGCUUGAGGUAAUGAGAAAAAAUGACGAAUCAUGGGGUUUGCAAAUAUCUGGAGAAUCACCGUGUUAUAUUGAAAGUGUCCAGAAAGGAAGUCCUGCCGAAGAAGCUGGAUUGGAAAUUGGAGAUUAUAUUAUUUCUGUGAAUGGAGUAAGCGUGUACGAUGCAUCGCAUGAGCAUGUGGUUCAGCUUAUUUCUGACAGUUCAAAAAUAGUAAGGUUCAGAGUACUUCCAAAUCAAAAUGCCUCAAAUCAAAAACCCGUGGAAGACGAAACUCAAAAGUCAAAUUCAAAAUGUUAUCAAUCUUCAUCAAAUGGAAAAAAUGCUUUUGAAGAUUCCGAUUCAGACACCGAAGAAUAUUUUUUCAAUUUCAAUAAGUAAGUU